UCAAUUCUUGUCUCUUCUUUCCUCUUCAUUUUUAAUCAGCUCUGUAUCUUUACACAACUUUUGCUUUUCUUUUCUUUCUUUUCCUUUUAUUCUUCCUCUUUAUAUAAUUCUCUCUCAAACAAUCCAAACAAACACAAAAAGGUCGUCAUGGUCCGUUCAGCAAUCGAUCCCAUCCGUCCUGGAGCAUCCCUGAUUCUCGCCUGGCAGAUCAAACAUAAACAUGUUGUCAUUAUCGGAGGCGGUUUUGUCGCUGCUGGACGCCUUGUGAAUGUCUUGGAAGCAGACGCAAGAGUCACUUUGAUCUGUCCAGAGAACGAAGAAUUGUCAGAAACUGUACGCCAACAUUUACAAGACCAUCCAGAGACUACUCGUCUUGUUGAUAGGCCCUUUCAGGAUUCAGACCUCACAACUCGGUUCGGUGAACAUACAACAACAGUUGCCACAGUAACAGCAACAACACAAAACCAACAUUCUAUCGAUACAGAUAACAACUUGAAUGGUGAUCUCGAACCUGCUGUUGAUAUGGUUCUCUCUGCAAUCGAUGAUAUCCCACUUUCAACCCAUAUCUAUCACCUUGCAAAACGUCUUCGAAUCCCUGUAAACAUCGCAGAUGUGCCUCCACAAUGCGAUUUCUACUUUUGUUCAACUCAUCGUGACAAAGCCUUACAGGUGGCUGUCUCUACUUCCGGUAAAGGCCCUAAACUAGCCAACUUGGUUCGAAGGCAUAUUGCAGAUCAUUUGCCGUACAGAGUUGGAGAUGCGAUCGAGCAAGUUGGCGUCCUUCGUGCUAAACUAAGAAAAAUGGCCCCUGGUCCUGAAGUAGGGCCUAAACGAAUGCAGUGGAUGAGUCGUGUUUGUGAGCAGUGGAAAAUGGAGGACCUAGCAGAAUUGGAGGAGAAGAGUAUGCAGGUCAUCUUAUCAGGCUUUCGUGAUGACAAGGUCUAUUCAUAUGAUGAAGUCUUGCAAAAGUUGCGCCUUCUGGAGUCAUCAUCAUUGUCAUUGGCUGAUCGUAAAAUUGAUGUGACCGCUGCUUUUGUGGAACAGAAACAAGAACAAGAGGAACAUAAACACAACGUGAGCGCUCAAUCGCAAAGUGGCAGAUUAAUUCUUGUCGGUGCUGGUCCAGGCGAUCCUGAAUUACUGACUCGAAAAGCUGUUCGUCUGUUGGAGGAGGCUGAGCUCGUUGUUGCUGACAGACUGAUUCCAUUGGAUGUACUUGAUCUUGCUCGAGGUGAGGUACGUAUCGCACCCAAGAAACGUACCAUCCUUGCUAUUGAACAAGAAAAGCGUGAGCAAAUCCCAACUGGUUACGAUAGCUCAGACAGCUCCGUCAGCUCCGUCAGCACUGUUUGCUCCGAUAGCGACCAAGACUCGGUUCUACCAAAGUCAAGGUCUUCAGAUUAUAUCCAGGACCAGCUUAAUGAAUGGUGUCUACAAGGUUUGCGUGAGGGUAAAACUGUUGUUCGACUAAAGCAAGGUGAUCCCUUCAUUUUUGGACGUGGUGCCGAAGAAAUCUUGUUCUUCCGUGAAAAGGGGUUUGAAGCCGAGGUUGUCCCUGGAAUCUCGUCUGCAUUGUCUGCACCCUUGACAGCCAACAUCCCCUUGACUCACCGAGGGUCCGCAGAUCAAGUAGUUAUCACCACAGCACAAGCUAAAGGAGGUGUUCUACCAGAUAACUUCCCUACAUAUGAUAGCAAGAGGACUGUUGUCAUUCUGAUGGGUGUAGGCAAGGCUAAGGAGAUCUCGGAUCUGAUGCAGUCACCAAAACUGAGCUGGCCAGCCAAUAUUCCCGUGGUUGUGGUUGAGAAUGCUCAUUGUCCAGAGGAGAGAGUGAUGGAUGCAACCCUUUCCACCUUAGCACAGGUGGUAGAAGAGCAAAAGGCAGUGCCACCAGCUGUGUUUGUCAUCGGGUGGGCAGGAUCUGUUCUUCGCAAAGCCUUGUAAUAUUCACCAUCCAUCACCUCACUGCAUAUUUAAUUUAUUUACGUCUGUAUUAUUUAUAUUUUAAUCAUAUAUCCUCCUGCGCAUUGUACAUAAACC